CUCCCAGCAAACGCAACAACCGCCAAAAUGACCACAACCACAACCGAUGUCAUUGCCUCACCCUUCACCCUCCUCCGCGCCGUCCUCACCCGCAUCAUCACACUCGUGGGCGAUGUCUUUUACCUUCUCGUCAGCAUCUUCCAGCGCGCGACGGGCCUGGCUGAGGAUACGGCUGAGUUGUUGUUGCGCAACUUCAUCGCCCUACUCCUCAUAGCAGGCAUCGUGCUCGGGUGGCUCGCGUUCGUGGAGCGUCAGCAGCAACGCCAGGGCGGUCCAGUGGGUCCCAUAACGAGGACUGGAACCGGCCUUGUCGAAAGCGUACAGCAGGUUGUGGGACAAGGGAAGAAAAACGUGCAACAGGCUGUGGAGAAGGGUAAGAAGAAGGCUUGA